AUGGUGGCUGUGCGGCGCAUGAACACCGCCGUGGGAGGAGGUGGUGGUGGUGGAAGCGGCGGUGAGGGGCAGCGGGACACAGCGCGGCUGCUGCAGCGACUUGUUUGGCGAGCAAAGGAGUCGCUACUCGCCGGCGCGGCGAACAUGCCGGCCGCACCGCAGCCGCGCCUUGUUGACAAGGACACCGCAGGACUAUUCAGAUUGGAGUGGAGUGCGACACGUCGGUCCUCGCAGAAGGGGCGGCGAGAAGGCGGCCACUCCGUCGGUGCGUCGCCUGCGCCGACACCCGACGAGGGCAUGACGCUCCUCUGCGAGCUGUUGGCUGUGGCGCUGAAGAGCCGGAAGGGGGCGGCUGUUGCCGACUUCUUGUCAAGCGACGCAGCGUCUGUGGUGUCGCUGCCGUUGAUGGCCGCGGAGGCGGUUGUGGCGCCGCUGGGCCGCCAGGCACGGCUGUGGGGGGAGCUUCAGGAGUGGCACGGCCUUCUAACCUGUGCAGCUGCUGCGUUUGAGCGGGCAGGGCGGCGGUGCGAGAACGAAGAAAUGCGACGCGGCGUUGUGCGGGCGUUUGUGGACAAGUUGGAGGCGUUGUCUGUGCCCGCCGAGUCGGACACUGCGCAUGGGCGGCGAAGGCGCCACAAGGAGGUUGAGAAGGAGUCGCGUAGCAUCGUGGAUGACACACUGCCUAACACGCUCUGGCGUUUAGCGAUGCUCUACCGCGUGAUUGAGGGCUUGCUGCUGCAAGCCAAGGGGGAGUCGUCGCCGCUCGUCGCUACAGAAGGCGAUGGCGGUGCGGUGAUGAAUGGGGCAGAGGAGCAAGAGAAGAUACGAAGUCCACUGGCUGAAAUUGUAGGUUGUAUGGUGUGUGAGUUGGAGGAUCGCGUGUACAGAGUUCGGCACCCGGAUGGGCAUGUGGAGCCACUAGAGAGCCUUGAGGCCCUUGUCAUCAAGGCAUUCCAUCAUUGCUGCAGUUUGGAGCGGGACGGUGGGCGACCUCGUGCCUACAAAGGGGAUUUGGCGAAUGCGCUGCUCUCGUUUUGUGGGGCGUACUUCAAAGUGAUUCCUACUUGUUUAUCCGCAUUGUCUAAUGGUGCCGCUGCGGGGAGCGGUAGCUCUCCUAAUGUUGCGGUUGUGCGGGCCAUACGUCAAUGCUGGCUGCAGCAGCAAACGUCUGUGCCCCUGCACGGCAUUCGUGGUGCCUUCUGGUGGCUGCAAUUGGUUCCAGUGCUGCUUGAGUCUCUCCUCGACACGACAGCGCAACUUGAGAGGAGACAAUCUAGUAGUAGUAGUAGUGGUCGUGGUAGUAGUAGCCCCCUCGAAACGAUGCAAGCAGAGCUGAUCAAUCUACUCAGUGCGAUGUUGUACUUUGACACCAAGGCGUUUGAAGAGCGGAGGGCGGCACUCGCAGUGUCUCACGCCACGGGUGACGCAGGUGGUGAAGAGAUGUCUGAAGACAAUGACGCGCAGCCUCGACGGCCACGUGGGGGCCGCUCGAUGUUCAAGAAGGGUGAUGAAAAUGGUGUGCUGCUGCCCAGUGCCGCUGAUGCCUCGCGCAAGUCGUCUCGCUUCUCCUCACGGCGCGUGUGGGGAGCUGGUGGUGACACCGGUUCCGCAUCUGCUGCUCUAGAGACGAUGGGCGUGGAGGCGAACAGCCCCUUGUUCGAUGUCAUCGCCGCAUCGAAGGAUGCCGUCUCGCAGCUUGCCAAUCUGUACGCUGUGGAUAUAUUUCACCGCGGCUGUGCCCUGGAGGGUAUGUGGCUGGUGCUUCUGGAAGCGCACCGCCAUGUGCUGCAGGGGUGCGCGUCGAAGCAGGUAGAUGUGCGGCCAGAUGUGGGCCGGGCGUGCGUGACGACCCACCGCGAUAUGUCACGGCUGAUGUUGCCGCCGUUUGUUGCGGCGAGCCUGCGGCAUCUCGCCGAUACAUUGGCUUCUGCGGUACACCGUGUGUACGAGUUGGCGGACCCGGUUUACGUGCGUGAUGGGAACAUACGGCGUUCGGUGGGCGCCAUCAUCGUCGCAGGGACACAGGGAACUCUUCUGCAGAACCGCUUCUACGCCGAUGCACUCGCGAGCAACUGGUGGAUGCGUAGCGGGGCGCCAUUUCUGCUCCCGCGUGGGCCCCGCCCUUCUGUCGCGUUGGAACGAAGCCUCAUGAACUUGUUGGUGCAGCGUGUGCGUCAGCAAGAUGACACUGACUGGUUGAAGCAGUCCACUGCUGUCGUGUUCAGUUGUCUCUCUGCAGCAGCGGAGCCAACAGGACACUCACUAUGCCUUUCACCCAUGGCAAAGCAGUGGGCAGGUGCGCUGGUUCUCGCCAAUCUUCGCGCUGCAGCAUAUCUGUUGAAGGGUGGUGCUGGUGGUGGUAUUAACAACAAUAAUAAUAAUAAUAAUGCCGAUGGUGGGCAUGUUGUUGCUGGUUCAGGGGGCUCAGGGAAGUUGUCGGAGGAGGAAGCCAAGGGGCUGCUGGAGUGGGCGUGCAGCACGUUUUCGUCUCUCCUUGCCGCACUCACCGCGGACGAGGAGUUGUUACUUAUGUGUGGGUACGCCAGCUUUAUCGACGCCCUCUUCGAGGUGCACCUCCGCCUAGGGACGCCGCAGAAGGAGCUCAUGCAGUUUGGCGACAAGACGCUCUUAAAGACGAAUCUCUCUGCGGUAUUGGCGAGUCUCGCCAAAAGCGCAGACGAGGAUGAUGCCGAGACCCACGCCGCUACGUGUGAGUCGGCGCUCUUUGUUCUCGCCGAGCUGUCGCGAUUCGCCUCCUGGUCAAACAUCAAACUGACGGCAGUCCUGCGCACGGACGACAAUGACCUCCUCAUCCGCGUGGCGGUGUACUGUCUCCGGCACGUGCCGCGCGGCGGCGGGAAGCGGGCAAGUGGGUACGGCAUGCCGGCCGCAGAGCUGCCCGUCGUGGAGCCCCCGCUCGACACAGCAAGCAGCAGCGCGACGGUCGCCUUCCUGCUGGCGCGGGGCAACCGCCGCUCGUAUCUGCAGGUGCUGGACUUGAGUAACCGCCUCCUCCCCUUCUCACGGGUGCAGCCUCUGUACGGCGGGCGCGAGGGAAGCUCCAUGGCGGCCCUGCAGCACUAUCUGCGGGGUGUGUCGCGCGUCUCUUCCUCGUCGAGUGAAUACAAGCAGCUGGUAGACGAGUCUGUGCGGUGUUUCGGCUUCAUGGCGAACACAUCCAUCAGCGCACACGUUCUGGGUUACUUAGUCCGAUUUAUCGAGCACUACUUGCGUGAGCAGGAGCGCCUCUCGCGCACCCCACUCGAGGCCUCGACGUCGACCACAGCAAGUAGCGAGCAGCGCAAGAGUGCCAUGUCCUCGCUUGCCCGCGUGGGAACCGCACCACUCGUGCUGCUUGACUACAUGGGCUACCUCAGCAGCGCGGGGAGCUGGACAAUGGUGACGUGGGCGUUUAAUCUCGCCGAGACAGCGCUAAAGAUUCAGCGCAAGCACCAAGUUGCCACCACCACAUCGGUAGGAGAUGUGGCGACAACGGCCAUUCUCUCGCAGCUACGUGCUCUAUCACUCCCAACGACGCCACAGCUGCCACACAACAUGUUAAAAAGUAUUCUCUGUCUAUCUGACAUAAUGUCGGAAUCACCGGUCACGUUGCUCGGUUUUGAUCGUGGCACACCGUUGCAGGGGCUGCUGCGCCAUGCCUCCCGCGGCGAGUACCGCACAAUGUUCUUCGCCGUAAAGCAGGCAGUGGUGCUCGUGCAGCGGACGUCGGUGCGGUACCGUGGACCGCAGCCGCACCGCACGGAAGGAGACGCGUCUGAUGCCCGAGGGGAGGAUGACGGGAAAGAACGGAUGGAGAGCGAUGGAGGACUAGAGGAGGGUGCCUACUUCAUGUCAGCGGCGGAGGUACACCUUCCAGAGGAAAAGCGAAGACUGCGUGUUUUUCUUGAUUGUUUGGUGGCCUGCUUUGACAACGUGCUCGAUGCGAUCCGGUGGUGUGCGCUGCAGCAGGAUGCCCUCGACGACGAGCUCCGUGAGGUUCUCGUGCUCGCGCUGCACACACUGAUUCGGGUGCUGCAGGGCUGUAUACGGGCGGUGCUGCAGGUGCCUGCGACGUUGCGCGAGCGCUACCGCGCCGAGCGGGCGCAUAUGUUGUGGGUGAGUCUGUGCGUCGCGUCUCUGCUUGGCAAAGUGGUGGCGGCCGACUACACGCGUGUGUGCUUCACCGGCAAUCUCCGUCGCAGCACAGAUGUCCUCCUCGGCACGAUCGAAGAGCUCCUGGAGGAGUGCAGCACGCCUAAAAGCAAGAAAAAAACCAACAACAGCAGCAGCAGCAGCAGCAGUACGACCCCUCUCCUCGAGACGCUGACGGAGAGCGUGCAAUACAUCUACAGUGACGCGCAGGUGUCGCACCGGCUUGCGAUACGCCUCGGCCUUGGCGUACGGCAGCGCACAGACCUCACGGCACUCAUCACGGCCCUGCGCGCCUUCGCAGCGGCGUCGGCGAAGUACCAGCCGGCAGGUCUUCUUGUGCAACGAGCAUGGCGCACACUGUGCGAGGAGAUACUGCAGACCCAAGAGCCGCGAGGCAGACGAGGAAAGUCUGCGGCGACUGUGAAUGUCGUGUCGCUGCGUGUGCCGUCGAAGGAGGAGCUGCGGCUGCUGCUGGAGUCCUUCCAUGACUUGGAGAGGGAGAUGACAGAGUCCGUUUCCAUGCGAAAGGCGCAGCGCCGCCCCGCCGACUACGUGGUGGCGUGGGCCUGCGAGGAUGCUGCAGAAGUAGUGAACCGCGUAACGGAGGAUCCGUCAUUGUUGUACGCCACCCACACACGCGACGCGGCGUUGGAUGACGGUGAGGAACAACAGCCGCCCGGCUUAGGUGCCGGCACCACAGUAGCAAUAGCAGAGCCACACACUGCCGCCUUCAUGGAGAUGGAUGCUGCCGUGCUGCUGGAGGAGGAGGUGGAGAAUCUCACCAACUCGGAGGCCAUUGAGGCGCUGAUCCGCCAGUGCCGUCGAGUACAGAUGUCCUCCAGUGCAGUGGUGAACAUCGACACCGCACUUGCGAUCCCGCAAACCGCCAAAGUUAUCACGACCCACUUCGACUGCGUCGUGGCGAUCUUCACCCGCUGCACACUGGCGGAGAUCGUGGCGUUCCCGUGCGCGGAGUUUGUAUUUAGUAGCCUUGACUUGUUUUCACGCCGGCGGACGCUGGUGCCGCUGGAGAAGUGCCGCGCUCUGUGGGCGCAGCUCGCCGCGAAGUGGAAGGCGGAGUUCCUCGACCCCGACGGUGCCCACUUCGAGCAGCAGCAGCGCGAACUCCUACAGCUGGUACGGCAGCGCCGCUCACUCUUGGAGCUUGCAGACAAGGACGCCGGCGACGCUACGGGUCCCAUAUCACUCUUCUCGCUGCAGGAGAACACCAUGGCGCAACUUGCGCAGCGCGAUGCCGCACCAAUCCCGUACGACGUGGACCUGCCUUGUCACGAUGACGUCAGCGGCCUCGUCGCAGGGCGCAAGGGCGAAGGCAAGUCGCGAGCGAAGAAACAACAGCAACAACAACAACAACAAGCCCCGCGUGAAUCGCUGCUGCAGCAGCGUGUGCCGCUGGAUGUCCUGCUUACGAUGCUGGCAGACCUCCCGCGUGGCCCGCGCGGGGAGCCGGAACUGGAGAACCUUGCGAGGGUCACUGCGACGUACGUGGCGCGGCAGCAUGUUCUUCUGCGGCGCCGCAAUUCGGGAGACGUGGCGAAUGUGAUGCAGUUCCUGCAGCCGGCGAAUCAGCAGUCACCGCGCGUGUAUCAGCGACGGCGCCUCCCACUGGACUCCGUGCACGCUGCUGCUGCUGCUGGCUGGUUUCUCGGCCCUCAGGACCGAAAGGCCUUCGCAGCGGCUCUUGACUGCGUCGGUGAUGCGACGCUGCUGGCGCGCUCCGCCGAGGAAGGCGUCUUUGAGUACGUGCGGUCGUCAUGCUUGUACCUGCACGUCCUAUCCCUCACUGCGCAUGUCUGCCACCACUUCCGCAUGUUCGGUGGCAGCAGCAAUGACAGCGGCGAUGUUGCGCGGAGCAACCGUCACGGCUUCGACGAGGACGGUGCGGAAACGACCGCGUGGUGGGCGAUGCGCAGCGAACAGGCUGAGGCGCGACUGGCGGAGCGGCGCAUGCGGGCCGACACGCGGCAGACCGACGCCGACAGCGUCAAUGCAAAUCUGCUGGAGAGUAUUCUCCUCCAUUACCUCAACGUCAGCUGGGCGCUGAUGCGCCACACCGACUUCGUCACGCACCGCGCGACAAGCAUCGCUAUGGCGGCCGACAGCGGCCAUGACCGCGUGCGAGACGCGCUGCUUUACGCGGACGAGCUGCGCCUGAUGGUUGCCGUUACCGUGCAGGACACGACGCGCAUUCUCCUGCGUGAGGCGCCGCCGGGAUUCUCGCUCGCCCGCCGCGUUGUGCACCGCAUCAUUAGCAGUUUCUCAUGCGAAAUUAUUCCGACAGCAUCGCAGAGCGGUGCUGCUGCCAUUACAGGCAGUAGCAAGAAGCGUGGCUCCUCUUCUGACGUGCCGUCAGUCAACAUGGUGGUCUUGGAGGCGUGGCGCGUCAAGCGACCGGAGUUGUUUGUCCGUUCCCCCACCCUCCUUUGUGUGUUGUCGCCCUCCUUCUUCAACGACGUGCUGUCGCAGCACAUACGCAAUGCACUGAGUCUUACAUUGGCACAAGUGGUGGCCUCACUCCAUUUUUACUUGCGUCGCCCGGAUGCACACUUGGCACCGCUGAUGGAGGCGACGACCAGCAUACUAUCCAGCACGUACGUACGCAACGCAGCACUGCGUCUCUUCUGUGAAGAGUUGUGUGCACAGAUUCUGGAGCGGGAUAGCUUUUGCGACGCACUUGCCCCACCGACGGUUGCCUCUGUUCAACAAGGAGCCGCGGGUUCUGUGCCAAACGAAGUGCUCAUUCCCUUCCUUGCCUCUAUAUGCCGCGAGGAUGCGUGUGUCAGCAAGAACACGCUGGCGACCGUCCUGUACCGCGCUAUGAGUCUUCGUCCAGACGUGUUUGGUCAGCCACCCACAGCAGACCGUUUCUCACGACUUGCGAUCGCCAGGAAGAGCGGCGGUAGCAAUCCCGCACCUGCUGGGGCUUGUGCUGCUGGUGUUCCAGGAACCAGGGCCGGAGCAGCAGCUGGUGAGGGAUCUGUGAAGGGACGGCUGAGUUUGGGCCUCUCCAGCACCGACGUGGUGCUCGAAAGCCCCUUGGUGGCGAAUGGUGGUGGAGUAACAGCGGCAGAUGGAGAAGCAGAGGCAGCUGUUGUGGAUGCCCUGUCCGCUGCUGCUGCUGCUGCUGCUGUUGGCGACGAGGAGCAUGACGAGGUGGAGGCCUUGAACCGCUUCAAGGCCGAUCAGGCGGACGAGACCGCAACGCGAACGCACAAGAGCGCCCUUGCUUCUCUCAACCUUACGCUGGCGGAGGUGAUGGAAACGGCGAUGCACUUUGCGGCGAUGCGGCAGUUGACGGCGGAGGAGCACAAGAAGGCAACAGCUAUGUUACGCGCUGCGGAUGAUGCGCGGCAUGAGCGUGUUGCGACAUUUCGAAGCGCAGCCCCAACUGUUGCGGCGCGUAAGGACACAGACGUGGAGACAUCUUCAAUCAGCGCACCAACAGCAGGGCACCCCGAUGCCUCACUCCAGAUUGAGGAGCCAAUGCACUUUGGUGUUGUCAUGCUUCACAUUCGCUUUGCACUGCGGAAGAUCAUUCACGUCUCAAUGCGACGCCUUGCCCCACAGCAGGGUCCGAAGACGCUGUCGAUGAUGGUGGAGAUGCUGCAGGAGGUGGACCCGAAGUGGCACCGCGGUCACGGCAACGAGCACCGGCGGCAGUCGGAUGGCAUGCUCGCAGGAACAUUACGGGUGCUCUUGGCCCGCUCUGUUGUGUGUGUUGAGCUCGCGGGUGAUGCCGGUGACCUUCUCGGUGGCGGCGCUGGUGGGAUUGCGAUGAGCGCUGCUGGUCUGCAGCGCAUGGAGCGGGCGUUGCAUUUGGUGCAACGCGCCAAACACCAUAGUGGUGGUGGUGGUGGCGCCAAGGGCCACAGCCGUCGCCGCGGUGGCAGUGCUGCGCCCCCCGCUGUCCGCAGGGGCUCUGCCGGAUGA